AUUACCCUUCCUAUGAGCAGCGAGCUUUUAUAGUUUACAACAAAUUAUUAGACUCCAUUUCUAAAUUCUGGACUUCAAAUGAAAAGGUCCAAAAAUAUUAUAAAAAGUAUAUGUAUAUUUUUUAUCCUAGGACCCUUUUUUUCCUGAGAAAAUGCCUACGACAAAGAAAACAUUGAUGUUCUUAGCAAGCUUUUUCACUAGCUUUGGAUCUUUUGUUGUGAUUUGUGCUAUUCUUGGGAAUCGAGAAUGGAUCAGCAGUAUAGUCGCCAUUAGCGAUUCUUCUUCCAACGGCAGUAUUGCGAUCAACUACGGACUCUUUCAUGGUCACAGCACUCAAGAACUGAAUCAUGGACUUGCAGAACCAGACAAAGAUUUUGAAGUUUUAGGGAGCUUGAGUGACUCUUCCCCUAAAAUUCUGCAUUUGGCGGUUAUCCUGUGCCUGGUCAUCAGUUUGUCCACCUCGCUGCUGAGUUCUGGAUUCACCUUCUACAACAGCAUCAGCAACCCCUACCAGACGUUCCUGGGGCCCAUUGGGGUGUUCACGUGGAGUGGGCUCAGCGCAUCCUUCACUUUCCUGGCAAUGCUACUGUGUGUGGGGAACGUCCAGUCCAAUCACCUCUCAGAAGAUUUGGCCCAGACGCUUUACCCGCACUAUUCACCAGCCACUGACGGAAGAACGACCCACAGAUAUGGGUACUCAUUUUGGCUCAUGCUGCUCAUCAUUCUUCUAGAUAUUAUCACCGUGGUCAUCAUUUUUUUCUACCAGAAGGCCAGAUACCAGCAGAAGCAGGAGCAGAGAAAGCCAAUGGAAUAUGCUCCAAGGGAUGGAAUUUUAUUCUGAAUUCUAUUCUAUGUCAUAUUGUCCUUAGGUCUAGUCUAUCAUAUGUCAGCUCCCUGAACAAUAACUGGUUAGCUUGUCUGGACAAUCAGCAUGGUUAAGUGCAGCCCUGAUUGACCGUCAUUUUGUGAUAAUAGUUUUUGUAUCUCAUGACACUAUGUUCUUUAUAAAUGAUGUCCUUUGGAAAAAGGUCCUUCCCACGAGGGUGGGGAAGCUGAAAGGGAAAGCUCUCCAUCUAUGUAUCAUUCAAAGUGGUCCAAUGAUUAUGAGCCUGUGGACCCUUCUGACCCAGUCUCACCCUCUGAAAUAAUAAAGAUUUGUAUCACGCAACUUUCCUUUGAGUAGCUCAAAGCAUGUCAGCACCUAUGAUCUCAUUCCUGGUCAGGAGAGACCAGGUAUUUCUUUAUUUCACUCUGUGAAUGAAGACUUCCAAGUACAGAGGGAUUCAGAACUCAUCUUUCUAGAAACAAGUGUUGGAGGCGAGACUUUGGAGUGAAUGACCUGGCCUUCUGGAGCCUUUGUCACUGACAUAGCAAACCCAGUGGUGGGUAGAAGUGCUGAUACUCGUUUUUGAGGUUCCAAGGUGGAGAAGAGAUUGAAAGUGAAAAGAUAGAGAAAAGAUAAAAAUUACAAACCUACCACCUGUAUGUUAAGGAGGCUAAACAUAUUCCAGUUUGAAAGGGUUCUAGUGAAUUCAGUCAAAAAGAAAUAUAACAUUGCAACAAGUUCUAGCAACCAUCCCUCCAACGAACCCUCUGCUUUCUUGCUGUGGUGUCGACACAGAUGUCAUUGGUCCAAUGGGAGUGUCUCACCCAUCAGCAGAGCUGAGGAAGAAGGGUUAGAGACGGGUUACCACUGUUUUCAGGCUUUCCUUGAGUCAGAGCCAAGGCACAUGAAGAACACAGGCAUUGGGUGCCCUCUUGGCAUAGGUGGGUGAAACUGGAUCAGGGUGUCAUUUUUUUCAGGAAAAUUUAAAGAAGUCCCAGAAUGGAUUCGACCUACUUUACCAGUAGUGUAUUCUUCCAGAAAAUCACUUUGAGGAGCUUUUGGGCUUGAAUAUCCCAUAAGUCAGUCAGGCUGAAUACUGAUGGGAUUCUGAGAUAGUCAACUUCCAUGUCUUAAUGGAACCAGAGCCAAGUGAAGCAGAAUUCCCUUAGUGUGAUUUACAUAGUGUAAGCUCUUGGGGCAGGAAGACGUGUCCUUUGCGAAGAGAUCGAGAAUUAAUGACCUUCUGACCUGCAAUUGUUUUUGUAACAAUCUGUUGUAUUAAUAAUGUUUUUUCAUUCAAGAAACAUGUAUUGAAUACUUGUGAUGUGAUUUGCCUGUGCAAACCUGGGUACCUGUCCCCACGGUGCUUACUGUUGAGUAGUUCAGACAGACACUCAAAAAGCGGUUAUUAGAUUCCAUGUGAAACAGGUGCUUACUCAAAAAUUAUGUAUCUUCUGGAAAAGGUCACUUGUCUCUAACUUCUCACUCCAAAGUCCUGCUAAGUCGAUGUUACUCUAAUAAAUUAACUUAUUGUGAAACUUUGAACAUAUUAAAAUAUGAUUAUCAACAGUAAAAGUUUUC